AGAAUUCCGAGGCUGCUCGUUCUUACACUCCACCUCACAGCAACAAUGGCACCGUCUUUUGAAGAAUGGCCUAUGAAGAAUACUCUGAUUCUACGCACUGCAAAGGGCGAGAAAGUUGAGCGUGCACCCAUGUGGGUGAUGCGUCAAGCUGGACGCUACCUGCCUGAAUACCACGAAGAAAAAGGCAAGAACGACUUCUUCGAAUGCUGCCGCAACCCCGAAAUUGCCUCAAACCUUACUCUCCAGCCAAUUGACCGAUAUGCCGGACUCGUCGAUGCUGCCAUUAUCUUCUCCGACAUCCUCGUUAUACCUCAAGCAAUGGGCAUGGAGGUCAUCAUGGUGGACAAGAAGGGCCCCCACUUCCCCGAGCCGCUACAGACACCAGACGAUGAGCAGUACAAGGAGGUCAUGGAGCGCAAGGUCGAUGUGAAGGAAUCGUUAGACUAUGUCUACAAGGCCAUCACCUUGACAAGGCAAAAGCUCGCUGGUCGAGUGCCUUUGAUCGGUUUCUGCGGUGCGCCUUGGACGCUUCUGAGCUACAUGGUCGAGGGUGGUGGCAGCAAGAUGUUCAUCCAGGUCAAGACAUGGGUGUACAAGUACCCAGAAGCCAGUAAGGCGCUGCUGCAGAAGAUUGCCGAGCUUUGUGUAGAGUAUUUGGCUUUGCAGGUGGAGGCUGGUGCUCAGAUGAUCCAAGUCUUCGAUUCGUGGGCGGGCGAGCUCUCUCCCCAGUCCUUCAAGGAGUUCUCCUUGCCAUACCUGAACUACAUCGCCGACAACCUGCCUGCGCGCAUCAAAUCGAAGGGUCUGGAGCCCGUUCCCAUGACCGUCUUCGCUAAGGGCGCAUGGUACGCAUUGCCAGCACUCUGCGAAUCGAACUACAACACCAUUGGUUUGGACUGGCUGCAUGAUCCAGCGGAGGCCUAUCAACUUGCACAGUCGAAGGGCAAAGUCCUGCAAGGCAAUGCAGACCCAGGCAUUCUGUACGGCAGCCACGAGUCGAUCACAAGGGUGGUCGAGAACAUGGUUGCUGGAUUUGGUGGAGGGAAACAGGGCUGGAUUGCCAAUCUUGGUCAUGGCAUAACACCGUUCGUCAAACCAGACGACCUAAAAUUCUACUUCGAAGAGAUCCAUAGGCUGACGACAUAAUGCCACGAAUGAUAGGCUUGCAACCAGACGGCGUGCAUGACCUACUGAUCCUCUCCAAUAUCCUCGUACCAAUCUCCAGGUUUCUCCUUGAUGAACUUUGCAUCAGUGCUUCGCACCUCUCAUUCUGCAGCACCACGACCUCGAUACCCUUACUCUUCAGAUACUCCUCACCUCCAACAAACGAUAUGUUCUGACCGAUGACGACUCUCUUGAUAUUGUACAUAACGCAUGCACCGGUACACAUGUCACACGGCGAGAGGCUGGUGUACGUGGUUGCACCUUGGUAAGCCGAAGCUGGAAGGUGCCCUGCAUUUUCUCGAGCGGAUAUUUCUGCCUGAUAUGGUCAGCGUAAGGGUCGAGGCAG